CGGCCAAUAGGCGGGAGACUUCUUGUUUCCUGGCAGAUCGGGGUCCCGGCACCGCGGCGCUAGGGUUUUGUUUGGGUCCUGGGUGGAGGGCCCAGGUGCCGGGGCCCAAGGUGUCGCCUCGGUAGCGGGACAGGGACGGGAUCACCGGCCUGGAGAGAGCUCUUGGGGCCAGAGUGGGGCUAGGAGGAUGCUUUCCCAGCCCCGCCAUGGAGCUGCGCUGUGGGGGAUUGCUGUUCAGUUCUCGCUUUGACUCGGGGAACCUAGCCCAUGUGGAGAAGGUGGAAUCUGUGUCUAGUGAUGGGGAAGGAGUAGGAGGUGGGGCAGCAGCCUCCAUCAGCAGCUUUUCCUCUUCCCCUGACUACGAGUUCAACGUGUGGACCCGACCAGACUGUGCUGAAACAGAAUUUGAGAAUGGGAACAGGUCUUGGUUCUACUUCAGUGUCCGGGGAGGAAUUCCAGGGAAACUCAUAAAGAUCAACAUCAUGAACAUGAACAAGCAAAGCAAGCUGUACUCCCAGGGCAUGGCCCCCUUUGUGCGCACGGUGCCCACCCGGCCACGCUGGGAACGCAUUCGAGACCGGCCAACAUUUGAGAUGACCGAGACACAAUUUGUGUUAUCCUUUGUUCACCGUUUUGUGGAGGGUCGUGGGGCCACCACCUUCUUCGCCUUCUGCUACCCCUUCUCCUACAGUGACUGCCAGGAUUUGCUAAACCAGCUGGACCAGCGAUUUAUGGAGAAUCACCCUACUCAUAACAGCCCCCUGGAUACCAUUUAUUAUCACCGGGAGCUCCUUUGUCAUUCUUUGGAUGGACUUCGCGUAGAUCUGCUAACAGUCAGUUCCUGCCAUGGGCUUCAGGAAGACCGAGAACCCCGUCUAGAGCAGCUAUUUCCUGACACCAGCACCCCUCGACCAUUCCGUUUCUUUGGCAAGAAGAUAUUCUUCUUAAGCAGCAGGGUACACCCUGGGGAAACCCCAUCUAGCUUUGUCUUCAAUGGCUUUCUGGACUUCAUCCUUCGACCGGACGACCCUCGGGCCCAAGCACUACGUCGUCUCUUUGUGUUUAAGCUGAUUCCCAUGCUGAACCCUGAUGGUGUGGUCCGGGGCCACUACCGCACGGACUCACGGGGAGUGAACCUGAACCGUCAGUACCUGAAGCCUGAUGCAGUCCUGCACCCAGCCAUUUAUGGGGCUAAAGCUGUGCUGCUCUACCACCAUGUGCAUUCCCGUCUGAACUCCCAGGGCCCCCCUGACCACCAGCACAGUCCCCAUCUCCCUCCUGAUGCUCCUCUUUCUGACCUUGAGAAAGCCAACAACCUCCAGAAUGAAGCACACCAUGGGCACUUACCUGAUGAAGAGAAACCUGAGACCUGGAGACAGACAGAGACAGCAGAGCAGAAGGCCAGUAGCAGUAGUGUGUGGAUCAUGUCACAGCAGUCAGCCAACGUUACAGAGCCAGCCCCAGAGACCAUCCCACCCAAGGAGAGUGGUGUUGCUUACUACGUGGACCUGCAUGGACAUGCUUCCAAAAGAGGCUGCUUCAUGUAUGGGAACAGCUUUAGCGAUGAGGACACCCAGGUAGAAAACAUGCUGUAUCCAAAGCUCAUCUCCUUGAAUUCAGCUCACUUCGACUUCCAAGGCUGCAAUUUCUCUGAGAAGAACAUGUAUGCCCGAGACCGUAGAGAUGGCCAGUCUAAGGAGGGCAGCGGCCGUGUUGCCAUCUACAAAGCCUCAGGGAUAAUCCACAGCUACACACUUGAAUGCAACUACAACACUGGACGCUCAGUAAACAGCAUCCCUGCUGCCUGCCAUGACAAUGGGCGUGCCAGCCCACCACCUCCGCCAGCCUUCCCCUCCAGAUACACUGUGGAAUUAUUUGAGCAGGUGGGACGAGCUUUGGCCAUUGCAGCUCUGGACAUGGCAGAAUGUAAUCCGUGGCCCAGAAUUGUGCUCUCAGAGCACAGCAGCCUCACUAACCUUCGGGCCUGGAUGCUAAAACAUGUGCGCAACAGCCGAGGCCUCAGUAGCACUGUGAAUGUGGGUGUCAACAAGAAGAGAGGCUCUCGAACUCCACCUAAAAGUAACAAUGGAUUGCCUGUUUCCUGUUCCGAGAACUCCUUGAGUCGGGCACGAAGUUUUAGCACUGGCACAAGUGCUGGUGGUAGCAACAGCAGCCAACAAAAUUCUCCACAGAUGAAGAACUCCCCCAGCUUUCCUUUUCAUGGCACUCGGCUUACAGGGCUACCAGGCCUGGGCUCUAACACCCAAAAGGUCAGCCGGGUGUUAGGCCCUGUCAGAGAGCCCCGAAGCCAGGACAGGAGACGGAGGCAGCAGCCACUGAUCCAUCACCCAACGGCAAGCAGCCUGGUUCCACCCCCAGCUCCUCCUAGUUCUGGCACAGCCUCUUCACGAAACUUGAGCUCCUGCCUCCUACCCAGCUCACUCAGUUUAUCAGGAAGUAACUGCUCACUCCUGUCCUCAGGAGACAAGCCAGAAACCGUCAUGGUGAUUGGGAAAGGUCUCCUAGGAACUGGACCACGGAACCCCUGCAUCAGGACCCGACUGCAGGCUAGGCCCAGGAUGGGCCGGGGCUCACCGCCGACUUGCAGAGGGAUGAGAGGCUCUUCGGGCCCCACAUCCCCUGUGCCCCAGACCAGUGAGCCGGAGCCGGGACCCCACUCUGCUGUAUCAGGGCUACCUCAGGUUGGGCCCCCACGGCCCCACUCUGCCCCUGCCUUUUCUCGUAUUUCCUGUAUUCUGUAUGACUCUCAGUCCCGGAUAUGUUACAGCGGGGGGCCCCUGGGCCAACCUGAGGUUUGUUUUGUCCCUAAAUCGCCCCCCCUCACUGUUUCUCCCCGGGUCUGAUAAUGCCUUGUCCAAGAAAUAGCCCCAAGGUGGGAGAACACAGGGAGAAAAUGUGCUGGCCCCUCCCUCAGCCGCUGAUUCCAUAUGACAACCAUAACCCGGUGGAAUGCCAGCCACACUGUCCGAGGCACUGCAGAACAUCACCCUGACAGGACUAAACAGGGACCUGCCACUCUCCCUCCUUCCAAAGCACAAGAUUUUGGGACCACAAAAAAAUUAUAUAUCUAUAUUUUUAUAUUGGGGGAGUAGAAAAUAAAUCAGCCCCUAUACUGGGCCCUAUUCAGUGGCAGCUUCUUGUUCCAUAGGGUUAAGGAAGACUUUGAGGAAAUAAAAGUUGUUUGGAAAAAUCCA